AUGGCGACAGGUUGGAAUAAUUCCUCAACUUCUACACACGACUAUUAUGACGCCUUAGAACAGCUUGGAUAUACAAAAACUAUGUCAGAGAAAAGAGUAAAAAUAUACAAUGCCAUAGCAGAAAAUAGUACAUUAUUUUGUAGAAGAUCUAAGCGAAAAAACAUUGAUGUCCUAAUUCUCGGAAGCCGCGGAGAAGGCAUUGGUAUAUGGGGCAACAGUGAUGUGGACAUGCUUUAUGUUCAGCGUUGUGUUAAAUGUGCUGACAGUUAUACACGUUCUAACACAAUGGCAAAUGCCCCCGUUUUAUUCCAACUAGAGUUUGAAAAUGUCGAAAGUGGAUACACAAUGCUACGAUUGAUGUCAAUUGAGUAUUCAAGAAACGACAAACAGUUCAUCAGAAACAUACAGAAUGCACUUGUUCAAAAAAAUGGCUAUCAUUAUCUUAGAAAUGAUCAGGUAUUUACAGCCGCUGUGGAUCAUCACCGUGAAGGAAUUGCUAGGCAACAAUUCGUGUUCGAUGACACUACAGGUCCAGCACGAAAAAUCAUAUGCGAAUUGCCAUUUUUAGACAACUUGUCAGUAGAUCGUGUUUUAGCUUUGCCGUGUUCGUCUCCGUCAAUAAUUAACGAUUGGUGCAAUCGAAAGAGAAUGUGUGGCUGGCCGAGCAAGGACUUGCUAGACAAGGUAAAAGAUCUAGAUGUGUUUGUCGUACCCGUAGGUGUUAGAGAAAGUGUUGAUGAAGUCUUACAGUGGAGAAUUUCUGUUACUUUAGCUGAACAAACAUUAGUACAUAGUUUUAGUGACACGCAAAUAAAGUUGUAUGCCGCAUUGAAAAUGCUAACAAAACAUGAAUUACAUCCAGUUUGCGAAAACGUAAGUUCUUACGUUGUGAAAAAUAUAAUUUUCUGGAUGAUUGAAGAGACUCCUGCUGAGAAGUUCACGAGAGAAAAAUUCGGUGAUUGUUUGUUUCACCUGCUUAAACGUUUUAAAAAAUGUGUGACAUGGAGAUAUCUUCCAAAUUACAUGCUUCCAUCUAACAAUAUGUUAAAAAACAGAAUAUAUGAGAAAGAAAGAGUAGAAUUGAUAUAUCGUUUAGACUUAAUGAUAGAAGAAGGAAGUAGCGUGUUACUUCGGUGCCCAUUGGUCAGAGAGAUGACUGGUGUACCAAAGGAAAUAUUUCAACAGAGAAUAAUUUUUCUUGAACUUGCAGAACAAGCAGCUCUCUCAUUGUUUUGUAUUCCGCCGUCCCAGUUCAAAAUACUUACGCAGAGAAAAAUCAUACACAAGUCGCUGUUCUAUCUAACAGUUGGAGAAAUAAUGAAAAUAGUUUUAAAACAUGUGUUUCCGCUUAUACGAAGAUAUAAUCCAUUUGAAUAUUUUAGGCACGUGAUUUCGAUGGAGGAUGACGAAAUUUUGAGACGCCUUUUUGAGGGUGUAUUUCUCUAUUUACAGAAAGAUGAAUAG